UGAUUCAUUGGCUGUUGUUUGUGACAGCACGUUACAGUCGAGCGCCAUUCUGUCACCAUGUUCCUCAUCGCCCAUGGUUACGGUCCUACCUGAGCGUGCCGUGGAAGCAAGCUGCUGCCGGUUGCCGUGUGCUUCUGGCUCUUCAGAUGGGAGAUAAGUGUGUGCGUGAGAGUUCGCCGGAUGGACGGAAGGGGGAGGAAGGGCAGACAGGUCCGUCCCCCGGCACCUCGCCCUUCUCCUCCAAGCUGGGCACCAUGAUGCGGAUCCGGAACAAGUACCAGGCCCUGAAGAGGCGACGCGCGGAGCAGGGGGGGCCACAGUCCACCGUGGCCGGGCGACUCUCUCUGCGCUCCACCAGCCCCGAAAUCUUCACCUUCGACCUGGCGGCGGGGCCGGGGUCUGGGCCGGGGGUCGAACCCCACGCGGGCCACGCCCUCCGGAGGAAGAGGAGGAGGAAGUCGCGGGUGCUCUUCCCCAGCGGCGGGCGCAGGUUCCUGCCGGCGACGGAGCGCAGCCGCGCCAAGCCCUUCCUCUUCCUGUUGAGCGUCGUGCUCUUCCUGCAGGUGUACAACGCCAUCGAGAACCUGGACGACCACCUGCUCAGGUACGACCUGGAGGGGCUGGAGAAGACGCUGAGGCGGGAGGUGUUCGGGCAGCGGGAGGCCGCCGCCGUGCUCCUGCAGCACCUGCGCGACUACCUGUCCACCUACGCCCACAACAAGCCCCUGGCCCUGUCCCUGCACGGCCCCACGGGGGUGGGAAAGAGCCUCCUGGGGCGCGUCCUGGCCCGCCACUUCCGCUCGGUGGUGGGCGAGCGGCUGGUGGUGCAGUACUUCACCACGCACCACUGCCCCCCGGUGGCGGACGCCAGCGACUGCGCCCGCGACCUGCUGGCCCGCGUGGCCACGGUGGUGGGCUGGGCCGAGGAGGAGGAGAAGAUCCCCCUGCUGGUUUUCGACGAGGUGGAGUCCAUGCCGGGCCGGCUCCUGGACGCUCUGCACGGCCUUCUCCGUCCCGAACAGGCCAACGAGUACCUGAACGCCGUCUACCUGGUCAUCAGCAGCCUCGGGGGGGCCCAGAUCACCAGUCACGUGCUGCAGAACUCCUCCUCCUCGGCGGGGCAGAGCCUGGCGCUGGACCUGGGGCCCCGCCUACGUCACGCCCUGCAGAAGCUCCACCCACUCUGGGCGGAGGUGGACCUGGUGCCGCUCACCCUGCUGCAGAAGCAGCACGUGAUGGAGUGCUUCCUGGACGAGAUGACGCAGGAGGGGUUCUACCCCGACCGGGCCCACAUCGAGCGGCUGGCCGAGGAGCUGGCCUACCACUCCGCGGGGGGCCUGCAGUACUCACGCACCGGCUGCAAGCAGGUGGUGGCCAAGGUGAACCUGCUGUGACCUGCGCAGGUGUGUGUAUGUGUGUGUGUGUGUGUGUGUGAGAGAGAGAGGGUGUGUGUGUAUGUGUGUGUGUGUGUGAGAGAGGGUGUGUGUGCCAAGGUUAACCGUCUGUAACUCGAUGUGUCCCAGACUCAUUUUCUGUAACAGAAAUGUAGAACAAACGGAUGCACCUGAUUUCUAGUGAUUCGGUGGUUGAUUUUUUGAGCUUUACAAAAAUGUUUUAGAACGCUUUUACUCCCUGGUGUCCCCCCGAGUGUUCACUGGUCAUGUGACGCUCUGUCAGGGUGCGCUGAACACGGGUUCCAGGGCUUUCUCUGCUGUUGCUAUGCACUGGGGUGUUUGCUACUAAUUGUUGCCAUGUGCUAAUUUUGAUUGACAGCUUAUGGCCAGUUAAUUGAACACCUGUGAUGAAAUGAUUCAUAUAAAGGGUGCAGCCUGGUAUUUUCAGAAUUCCUCAAGCUUUCGAAUACACGGUAUCCAAAGCUUAUAUAUAAACCAGAUUCCACAGUCUGCUCGUUCUGAAAACAGCUCGGAAUCCCAGACAGCCUUAAGACACGUUUUAUCAGUCUGAGCGUGUCACGCAAAUCGAACUUUCCAAUGACUUCAGACGGCACGAACUCGUUGGGGUGUAAACCUUCAUCGUCUAAUUAAAGAAGAAAGAACAGGAGCCAAGAAAAGAAAUAAAAUUUUAAUUAAUGUGCUGUGCCAUGACUAAUGGAACUAUCUUCUGGAAACAGGAGUUUGUUUGUAUGUUUUGUAAAGCAAAGUUUGCGUUCAAGUUUAGAAAUUUGAAAUUUGAUAUGUGACACAUAUUUUGCCAUUGCAGGUGUGUCUAUGUUGUGAGUAUAUUGUCAUGUUGUGUAUUUAUGUUUUUAUUUAUACUAUGCUAUGACUACUUCAAUAUUUGCCCCAGGGAAUAAAGUUUAAAAUUUUGAAUUGUG